CAUCCAGAAACAAACCACUUCGAUGACUCCUAAUAGUUAUCGCCAGAUGUACUAAUACACAACAAAUCACAGUCCGGGCGAGGGGGAAGAGCAAAUGAGUUCCUAUUUCGUGAAUCCCACUUUCCCGGGGAGCCUGCCCGGAGGCCAGGACUCUUUCCUCGGGCAGAUCCCCCUUUACCCGGCGGGCUAUGAUGCUCUCAGGCAUUUUCCGGCUUCUUACGGGGCAAGCAGCCUGCAGGACAAGACUUACACCUCACCUUGUUUCUACCAACAGUCCAACACCGUCAUUGCUUGCAAUCGGGCUUCCUAUGAGUACGGAGCCUCUUGUUUUUAUUCGGACAAGGAAAUUAGUAGCGCCUCUCCCUCCAGCAGUGGCAAACAGAGGGGGCCCGGGGACUACCUGCACUUUCCUCCCGAUCAACAGUACAAAUCCAGCGGCGUCCAAGCCAAAAUUGUAAAUGACGAAGGCACCGACCGGAAGUACACGAGCCCUGUUUACCCCUGGAUGCAGCGGAUGAACUCCUGCGCUGGUACAGUAUAUGGAACUCAUGGGAGACGAGGGAGGCAAACUUACACCAGAUACCAAACGCUAGAGUUAGAGAAGGAAUUUCAUUUUAACAGAUACUUAACCCGAAGACGACGUAUUGAGAUUGCAAACGCUCUCUGCCUUACUGAACGCCAGAUUAAAAUAUGGUUUCAAAACAGGCGGAUGAAAUGGAAAAAGGAAAACAAAUUCAUAAAUUCCACACAGCCCAGCAGCGAAGAAACAGAGGAAAAGUCAGGGGAGUAGAACCACGUUUAAUAAACGCUACCAGGCCUUUCCUUAGCGCUUACUAUUCCUAUUAUUUACCUUGUGUUCCUUCUGCUAGUAAAAUCCUAUAGGUUUGUCACAGUCUAUUAAUUCCCCAAAGGCUUGGUUAAAAGAUGUACAUUUGCAAUCAUCUGUGACUUUCUUUAAUAUAUGUGGAAGUCCUAACUUUCGAGCUACAGGCACCUAUGUACAUAACCACCUUCCCAAAGCAUAGACGGCGUUGCUUAAAGUCUUAGAGAAAUGGCCCAGAUUUUGAAAUGUUUGUGGUGAGCAUUUUUGUGUGAGUGAGUGUCCCUGGCGAACCUGUGUGAGAAGAGACCAGCGAGGGAUUUUUUAAUUUUUUUUUUUUUUAAUUAACAGUGUUCAUACUGUAGAAAUACGAGAGAUUUUAGAAAAUGUUGGGUUUCUGUUUUUGCUAAGUCCCGCUACAUCGGGCCGUCUCGUUGUGGUGUGUUUGGGAGCUUAUGGUCUUCAGGGGAGGAAAAAAAGUUUUACGCAUGUAUAAGAUAUUUAAAUAGUAAAAAGGAAAGAAAAAAUCCUUUUUAAAAAUCGUUCUAUAAACCCCUGGGUAUAAUCUUGCAGUUAAAGCGAAGAUGAAUUGCAGAGAGAUUUAUUUUAAAUGCCGCUAAACUGCCUAAUGUGCACUACUGGUAUUAAAGUAAAAACUCGGCGUUAAACUUCAGGGGAAGCGAGGGAAGAGGUUUCGAGGCGGGCGAAUUUCUGUGGUUCCCGUUGAGCUUACACUGAGGUUUCGGUGAGCUCAGCUAUACACUGAAGGGGCUUUGAAUUAUGGACUACAUUUCUUGGGGCUUCGGGGGCUUGGGUCGAUCUUUUUUAUUUUCUUUACUUUAUUUUUAUUUUUAUUUUUAAUUAAAAGUGUCUAUCAUUAAGGCAGGGAUCUUCUUCCUCGCUUGUGUGGUAUCUUAAUUCACAUUCGCAUUUCUUAGCACUGGAAACAAAAAAUAAACAGAUACUGUAGAGAAAAGUAGCUGCCAUAAAAGGCUUCCACUUCGAGUUCUGUACAAGUAAAAUGAGCGCAGCGAAAAUAUUAAUAUAUACGUUAUAUCUAUAUUAUGUUGUGUGUGCGUGAGUGUGCGUGUGAAGCUGUGUACAAAUACACUUUUAUAUGCAUCGAGGCUCUUUUGUUUGGAAGACAGCGCGAUUUGGGCUACCGCUCUAAACAUUUUAAAAGCCAAAUCUGGAAAAUACUAAUGAAAAAUGGCUACCGCCGCAUAUAGAGGUUUGGUUGGUUUUGUUGGGUGUUGUUUUUUUCCCGAGAUGCGGAAAAAUAGUGGCGGCCGUAAAGCCGCCAGGAAUUUGACCCCCUAGUUGGAAAAACGCUGCACGAUAUUUAUCUUUCAUAGGUACCUGCCAUUUCGCAUCGGCAGGACCCGGGUGCCUCUCGAAACCGCCGGUACGGGAAAAAGCAGGGAGAAAAAUAAACUAAAAUAUAUAUGUAGAGAGAGAAGGAACAUAAGCGUGGCCAGCAGCUGAGGAUGGAUCACGCAGAAUUUGUAAACUGGUGUAAAUAAGCCCCGCACGGCGGAGAAAGCAGGCACAAAGCGGAGCGCUCCCUGCACGCCGAGCUCUCCGCUGGCCGCGGCGGGGGAGCCGGCCGCGCCGGCCCCACCGCCCCUCCGCCGCUGCCGGCUGCGGCAUGCCCCGCUCCGCUCCGCUUCGCCGUCGGGGGCCGUCACCCCGGGCCGACCCUGCGGAGCCGCCGCCAUCCCCCGCGCCGCCAGCGGGUGGCGCUGGAGGCCGGCUGACGGGCGGGCAGCGGAGGCGGUGGCGCGCAGCGGCGGCGCGCCCGGGGCCGCCCGCGCCCUCCCAGCUCCCCCACCAGUGCACGAGUUUACCUCUAGAGGUCAUCAGGCAGGAUUUACGACUGGACAACAAAAGCACGUGAUGUGGAGCCGUACCCCAUAUUUGGGUGCCUACGUAGGAGGGAACCAAGUACAUGUCCCAGUCAUUUCCAUAAUUCAUCAUAAAUUGUGCAAGGGUGCUAUAGACGCACAAAACGACCAAGAGCCACAAAUCAAGCACACAUAUCAAAAAACAAAUGAGCUCUUAUUUUGUAAACUCAUUUUGCGGUCGCUAUCCAAAUGGCCCGGACUACCCGUUACAUAAUUAUGGAGAUCACAGCUCGGUGAGCGAGCAAUACAGGGACUCCGGCAGCAUGCACUCCGGCAGGUACGGAUACGGCUACAAUGGCAUGGACCUCAGCGUCGGGCGCUCUGCUUCCACCCACUUUGGUGCCAGUGAGAGACCCCGCAGUUACCCGGCCAACACCACCUCUGCCUCGACAGAGCCCAGGUACAACCAGCCCGCGACGGCUUCCCACUCGCCUCCCCCCGACCCUCUGCCCUGCACCGCCGUGGCCGGUUCGCCUGUCACCAGCGAGAGUCACCACGGGGUGAAAAACUCCCUCGCCAACUCCACCAGCACUUCGUCCAAUUCCAGCAGCAACACGCACAUCAGCAGGGACGGGGUUGGCACCUCGUCCGGGACUGAGGAAGACACUCCAGCAAGCAGCGAGCAGGCAAGUGCCCCGACCGACCAAAGCACAGCCCAGCCUUCACAGCCCCAGAUCUACCCCUGGAUGCGAAAACUGCACAUAAGUCAUGACAACAUAGGGGGACCAGAAGGGAAAAGGGCUCGGACUGCUUACACCCGCUAUCAGACCUUGGAGCUGGAAAAGGAAUUUCACUUCAAUAGAUACCUGACCCGCAGAAGAAGGAUUGAAAUAGCACAUGCUCUUUGCCUCUCAGAGAGACAAAUAAAGAUCUGGUUCCAAAACAGGAGAAUGAAAUGGAAAAAGGAUAAUAAGCUGAAAAGUAUGAGCAUGGCAGCUGCAGGAGGGGCAUUCCGUCCCUAAGCGUUUGAUCAAUUAAAAGUACUGAGCAGUAUUAGCUGACCCUGCGUCUCAUGUCAGUACUAAGUUGACUUUCUAAAACUUCCUUGUGUUACUUCUGUGAAGAAACCCUGUUCUUGUCGCCCUUAUUCAUCUUUUAAUCAUGAGCCUGUUUAUUACCAUUCUCUCGCGUGUAUAAGUAGAUCUGCUUUUAUCGUACAUUUCUUUGUCUUGAAUGGCUUUGUCUUGAAAAAAAUAAUAGAUGUUUUAACUUAUUUAUAUAAAGCGAGCUGUGUUACUUGAAGUAACUGUUAAAACAAAACUAAACUAAACAAAAAAGAAGAAAAAAAAAGGAAGAAAAAAAAAAAGAGAGAGAGAAAGAAACCCUCCCCCGGUUUAGUACAAAUGUUAUGUGUUGCACUCAACCUGCUUAACUGUGCAUGUGUGGUCAAGUGUUAAUGUCUGUAUAGCUCCAAGCUGUUAAAAAUAUUUUUAUUCAAACUACCUAUAUAAUUCCUGUGUAAUUAAUGCUGUUGUAGAGGUGAAAUGAUGAAAUCAACUGAACUUGUCCUACGUGUAGUGAAUAGUGAAUCUGUGACGAAAACUGUGAUUCCAAGCAGUAUGUCCUUGCUGUGCCUUUGUAUAUGACUCUUUGCACGAACUCUUAGAAGUGGCUCUUAUUAAGCGCAGCUUCUGUGAUGUAUGUUUUUUGUGAACAAAGUUACAAAUAUAGUCAAAGUCUGGCUGUUUGA